UGAUAAUUUCAGUAUGAUAAUAGGCUAACACUUGUUAUUAUUGUUGUUUUGUCAUUGCUUUUUCAGUGUCUGUGAAAUCUCAUUUUUCUGUCUCUUGUCUAUUGACGGUCGGUUGCCUCGGUCUGUGUGUGUGUGUGUGUGUGUGUGUUAUUGGACUGUGUGCAGCGCACUGUACUCUGCUCCAAUCGCAUCCCAACGGCGGUGAAUGGGGGAAUGAAAAAAGUGAAGCCAUGCAUGCAGGAGUGGGAGGAUCCACUCGCUUCAAUCUCGAUCUCAGACUUUUGCAGCGACAGGAGCACAGACCAACCAACCGUCUGCGUUACUUCCAAAGAGUUACAGCCUGCUGGGACAUCCAUAGACACACAUACACUGCUUUUUAGUUAUUUUUUGGGGGGAUUUGUUGUCAACUUUUUCUUCUUCUUCGUCUCAUCCUUGACAAAAGUGUAAUUCCGUGAAGAAGUCCCCCGCUUUCUCCGGUCGGCUUGAGGACGAGAAGAUAGAGCUUCCUCAGUGUCUAAUCCUAACAGGUCUGGUGUCACUGGAGCGCCUCUCCGUGGGAGAACAGUCCGAGACGUGCAUCAUGCUGGACGGCAUAAAAAUUGAAGACCAUCCCCUGCGCUCGGGACAGGCCACGCUCGGAGUCAUGCUCGGCAGCGAUUGUCAUCAUCCCUCCGUGUGUGAAGGAUGCCAGCGUCCCAUCUCCGACCGCUUCCUGAUGAGGGUCAACGAUUCUUCAUGGCACGAGGAGUGUUUGCAGUGCACCGUGUGUCAACAGCCUCUCACCACCAGCUGUUACUUCAGAGAAAGGAAACUUUACUGCAAACACGACUACCAACAGUUAUUUGCAACUAAGUGCAGUGGCUGCCUGGAGAAAAUCGCCCCCACAGAGUUUGUGAUGCGUGCCCUGGAGUGCGUCUACCACCUGAACUGUUUCUGCUGCUGCGUGUGCGACCGACAGCUGAGGAAGGGCGACGAGUUUGUCCUGAAGGAGGGUCAGCUGCUGUGCAAGAUUGACUACGAGAGGGAGAAAGACUUACUCAGCUCGGUCAGCCCGGAUGACUCAGACUCAGAGAAAAGUGAUGAUGAGGAGUUGGACAUCAAGCCAGAGAAAGGCAUCGCAAGCCAGGGGAAGGGGGAUGAUGGGAAGGAUCCCAGGAGGCCCAAAAGACCACGAACCAUUCUGACCACUCAGCAGAGACGGGCAUUCAAGGCUUCCUUUGAGGUGUCUUCAAAACCCUGCAGAAAGGUGCGGGAGACGUUGGCUGCAGAGACGGGACUCAGCGUUCGGGUGGUGCAGGUGUGGUUUCAGAACCAGAGAGCUAAGAUGAAGAAGUUGGCAAGAAGACAGCAGCAACAACAAGAACAACAGAAUUCUCAGAGACUUGGCCAAGAGGUGAUGUCUAAUCGUAUGGAGGGGAUGAUGAACUCCUUCACACCACUUGCUCCGCCGCAGCAGCAGCUGGUCGCCAUGGAUCAGAAUGGCUACAGCACGGACCCGUUCCAACAGGGGCUCACCCCCCCACAGAUGCCCGGGGACCACAUGAACCCAUAUGGUAAUGACUCCGCUUUCCAUGACAUAGACAGCGACACGUCUUUAACCAGCCUCAGCGACUGCUUCAUGGCAUCGUCAGAAGUCAACUCCAUGCAGGCCCGCGUGGGAAACCCCAUCGACCGCCUCUACUCCAUGCAGAACUCUUAUUUUGCAUCAUGAAAGAGAAAAAAGUGAAAGAAAAGAAAAACAUCAGCACAGAAUAAACUGCCCAUCUCAACCCUGAAGCGCGAUGACCGGGAGUUUUUCUCCACUGGAAUGGACUGAACGGAAGAAACACCACCUUGCUGUGUCUCCUGGUUAUGUGCUGACGCUUACUCAAAGAUAGUAAAACCACUUGAUGUAGGACAGUGAAGAUUCCUGGGGGGUAAAAGACUUAAAUAUUGUUAGAGAUUUGGUAGGAUUGUUGUCCUUCACAGGAUAUAUAACUCGUUUCUUUGUUCUCUUAAAGAAAACAAGUAGAUAAUGAAGCCACUUAUUACACAAACCAAAUAACACAGUGAGUUUAUACAGUGCAUGAUCAAUUGUAAACUAAAACUUUUUGUAAGCCCUGCCCCCCUGGUUAAGAUGUGGUGUUUGGACUGUUUCUUCUUUACACUACAUGGAUGUCCAUGUUCACCGUUAGCAUUUUGAUCACUUUCAAUAGGUUUAGAUAUUGUGUUUAUAGUAAAUAGGCGCAGCAUGUCUGCAAGAGUGACUGUACAUUUGUGUAUGUAUGAGAGUCUGUGGUGAGAAAGAAUUGUUUAAAGGAGAAAAAAGUGCGGAGAAGUGGAGACAUGUAGGAUCAGUGAAGUGUAAAUACUUUCCCCAGGCAAAUUGGAUGUGCAUGUUAAAAAUGGAAAGCAUUCUAUUUAUUUAACUAUAACAGGCUCUUGAAGGUGCAUAUUAAAACUGAAAAGCUUUAUUUAAAAAGGAGAGCAUUUUUCUGUUGAGCAAUUAGUGAGUUCAUGAGUAUCACAACUCAUCUGUAUGCCUUUUUAAUAUGAAGAUUAACCCUUUGUUUUGUUUAUUUCCUCAGCCAAGCUGUAAAUGAGCAAUGUUGCUAUUUAUUUCGUACAGACCAUAAACCUUUUGUUGUCAUUGUCAUAUGUGCAUUCUCAAAAAUGUUAAAAUUGCUAAUUGACCAAAGUUGACUGGUUUGAUGAAUAAAAAUGUCUUUCUCCUGAUAUCAUUAAAUAAAUGCCAUUCAGUGAUCA